CCAAGAUGAGGAGUUUGGCAAGGUGUUACAGUGAACAUGCGAUUAAAGUAUCAGAUUCGUAUUGUUCAGGUCCUUCAAACAGGGCCUAUCUUUCACCCAACAUGACCUUUCCAACCCCAAACACCAUUAUAUGUAUAUACAGGGCCAAACUCUUUACCGGAAAAAACAUCAUCAUCACCAUCACCUGGUGUAACAAAACCACCGGGAAUGGUCUAACAAUCAAGUUCGGCGAAAACUUAUCAAACUCAGAUUCUCACCGGUUGAAGAAAAGCAAAGGGUUCGAAACGUUUCAGUCCUGCAAUUCGAAAAUUGAAGUUUUCUGGGAUCUUUCAGAUGCUCGGUAUAUUAAUGGACCAGAACCGGACAACCGGUUUUAUAUUAUGGUUGUAGUGGAUUCAGAAAUCUGUCUUCUUCUCGGGGACAUGGACGAGGAAGCCAAGAGAAUGAAAACAGAUUUUCAAGAUAAAAUUGCAGGGUUUUCAUUAGUUUCACGGAGUGAGAAUUUUUCUGGGUGUUCGGUUUAUUCAACAAAAGCGCGGUUCUGCGACGCUGGAUUGGCUCAUGAGAUUCUGAUAAAGUGCGGCGAAGAAGGGGAGGAGCCGAAGAAUCGGGAAUUGUCCGUCAGCAUUGAUAAGAAGAUGAUUUUUCAGAUCAAGAGGCUGGCGUGGAAUUUCAGGGGAAACCAGACAAUUUACCUCGACAAUGGAUUGCUGGUGGAUAUGAUGUGGGAUUUGCAUGACUGGUUGUUCAAUCAGGAGGCGGCGGCCGCUGGACGGGCUGUGUUCAUGUUCAGGAGAAGGAGUGGAUUGGACAGCCGGUUGUGGUUGGAGGAGAAGAGUUCGGAGCAGAAGGAUAAUGACAGGGGUGAGUUUUCCUUGUUGAUAUGUGGCUGCAAGAAUCCUGACUAGUUAUAUAUCUUCUCUGUUUCUUUUCUUUUUUUUUAACAUCAAAAGUGAACUGUUUGGCAUAGCAGUGAUUUAAAUUUAAUCUGUAUAAACUAACUUCAGUGGCUAAGGUCUUGUUGGUUCCUCUGUUACCCAUUUCUCUCUGAUUUUUCAUUUUUGACAUUGCAUUUUUAAAAGAUGAAGGGAAAUGUAGAGCUGGUUGAAGAAAUUUGAAAAAAAGAA